CUUUGUCAAAAUGCAUGUGUGAUUUUCACGUCAGGCCUUAGGGUUACAGUUGUGUACCAGUGGUGACCUGGGAGGACAUCACCAGUUAAAUACCACCUUUUUUUCGCCUGUAGUGUAUUUUACUUGGAAUCAAGCGGUGCAGCGCUGAAUCGUGAUGGUUGACUUUAGCUAGGCCUUUGCCUGGACGUCAUGUUUAGCAUUUUGUGUCAACACUGUUUAUAUGUAUAUCUGUAGGUCACCAGAUUUUCUACAAGAGAAUCACUGUGCACAAACUAACAACAAUAGUGCACUAUUAAUGUCAUCCUAGUGCUGGAGCUGAGCUGGUACUUAAUUUUUAUGCCCGUCCGUUGUGGUCUGUAAACUUGCUGUUCUUUUGCAUUCACAUGUUAAAGAGUCCUGCCACAAGCACCAUCCUUUCAGCGAAAUGACGCACAACGAAGAAAGAACUCACUGGUUUAAGGAAGCUGGCAUUGGCUUGGGAGUUGGUUUCCUGUAUGGCAUUACCAAUGUGGUGGUAGGUCAUCCCUUUGACACAAUAAAGACCAAAAUGCAAGCUCAGGCUGGGUUUGAAAAGACCAGUAUGUUUCAGUCAUUUGUAAAGACAGUAAGGACACAAGGUGUGAUUGGCUUAUACAGGGGCUGUGUACCACCCUUGUGGGGAUCAGGAAUAUAUAGAUCUACACAGUUUGCUGUUUUUGAGGGAGUAUACACCUAUCUUGAUAAGCCUGGCUGGAGAGGGGAAAUCCCAGGCACUGCUGGAUUACAAGUGCGUGUUAUUGCCGGAGGGUUGGUUGCUUCUACGGCCAGAGCUAUUAUAGAAACUCCGCUGGAUUACUGCAAGGUCAAAGGGCAAACACAACAGAAAUGGCAACUCAGGGCUCUAUACACGGGAUUUGGAGUCACAUGGUGUAGAACAGUUGGACUGAUGACCACCUACUUCGUUCUGUUGGAUUCUGGGAGGAGGCAUUUUCCUGAACAUUUCAAAAGACCUCUCUUGGGACCAUUUCUGACAUCUGGGAUUGCUGCUACUUUGGCUUGGUGGAUUGUUUGGCCUUUGGAGUACAUGAAAUGUCAAGUACAAACUGGAUAUGGACAGCACUUGUCUGUAAUUGAGAGAAUGCGGCUGACUGUUCGUGACAGGGGAGGAUUUUUGGCCUUAUACAGAGGCCUUUUACCAGGCUCCAUCAGAAGUUUUGCAGCGAAUGGAACAAGUAUGAUAGUGAUGACUUUUGCUCAGAAAAAAGUUUCCGAGUGGGGAUUACGAGACUAAUAUCUGCUUGUUUU